AUGUUAGGGUUACCAUACCCGAACACAGAUCUACCCAUUUUAUUUUUACAUACCAAGGGUAGGGAAAUUUUAACACGAACGAGGAGCUGGACGAACGAUCUUCAUAAUGAGACCGCCAUAAGGCUUCGGAGAUUUAUCAUGGCAAAAAUCCCGAACGCAGACGUAACGAUACUCUUUUACUACUCAGCUGCAGUAAAGAGUAUCGAACAGCAAGAUCCGACGGCCGCAGUGUACAGCAUCAACUGCUAUCAGGGCGGAGAGUGUGAUUUUUGUAUUAUAGUUACUACAUGUGUAGCGUCUAAUAGUGAAUCUAAAAAUUUUAAUUUUGUUUUAGAUCCUCAGCGAACGAAAGUAGCACUAUCGCGAGCGAAAGAAGGUGUAGUAAUAAUUGGAGAUAGGGACGUGCUUUUUCAGUCGGAAGUUUGGGGAUCGUUCAUCAAUAAAUAUUCAGAGGCCUCGGGUAAAUCAUCAUUAUUUUAUGGCUGA